CUGAGUUACCGUUCAGGAAGAGGAUACCAUGUUCCUCGAUGAUACAUGCGAUGCGUCCAACAGGAAAUUGUUUGUUUUAGCCCCUCUUUGAUAUCCGUUUUCGAGCUCUCGUGUACAUUGCAACACUGUGCUGACCUGGCUCUUGUGAUGAAGGUUGUCCACAUCAAGGAUCAUACAACUCACGCAAAUCGUGUUGCCGUAGGAAAAUUGUUCGAGGUUUUGCUGAUGUUUCAAGCCCCAUCGUAGCAGCUUUACCGAGUUCACUGUUUCAGGGCAACACUUCCAUGAGGACCAUCGAAGUCUGCGGCAACGCGCAUUCCGUAUUUGUCAUGUUUCUGAGGAAUGAUACAUUCAUUUUAAUCUUUCCACCAGAUUGCAACCAUUUCAGAAGUCUUUGAUUCUCAGGAUCAGAGACUAUAUUAUUCUCCCUUUUCAUGUGGAGCAACGGUAUGAGAAGCUGCGCUUAGGUGUAAUGCAGAAUUCGAGUGUGACACGCGUGGUCUUCAAAUCAGACGAAGAUUUUUCUAAAGAUGCUUAUUUUAAUAAGCAGUCAUAGGAUUUAUACGAAAAAUGCAGAAUUGAUUUCAAACAGGUUGGAAAAACAGUUUAAAUAAUCACCUUUGCAAACAUCCGGACCAGUUUUUCUUCACGGAAUCGUAAAUUAUCUUGGCGCCUUGUCGUCAUCCAUCUCAGUUCCAGCCUUGCCAAUAUCAUGAUUUCCCGCGUCCCACUAUGAGAAUGACGAACUUCCCGCUUCCCGCUAACUCCUAACCAUCCCGCAUCCCGCCUUUAAAUCUUCUUUCAUCCCGCAUCCCGGCAACGAAAAAAGGCUAAUUCCACAUCCCGCCAACCCUAUGUUAGGCCUUCUUAACUGACUCACUAUGCUUAGAUCUAAACUAACAAAGUUUGACCUGGUUUUAGGCCCCGUUCCUUGCAUUCGCGCCAUAGAUAUUGGAGUGCUCCUAGAUGCAACCAACAGUGUUGGAAAGGAGAACUUUGUAAUUGCCAAGGACUUUGUGUUAACCCUGGUGAAUUCCAUGACAAUCUCUUCAGAAGAAAGUCACCUGGGACUCAUAGUUUUCAACAUUAAUGCAGAGAUACUUGUCGCAUUUAAAGAUCUGGAUAAGCAGAACCCCUCUGUCAUCAAAAACAUCUUGAAAAAUACUACAAAGCUGAAAGGACAAACGUUUAUCGACCGAGCGCUCAGAAAAGCUGGAGAGGAGCUGUUUACAGUAGCGUAUGGUGAAAGACCAAACAAACCGGAUGUACUUAUCGUCCUGACAGACGGGAGAACAAAUCCCGCCAGUGAACCGUACGAAGAUGCUCUUAUCCCACUAAAGGUAAAUCUAAUUUCUUUCUAAUAAAGAGCUUAAAAUUUACUUUACGUUCGGGUUCAACAAGUUAGAAGAUGGAACAGGAACUCUUAUAGUCUGGAGACCACAUCAUUCGCACUUUUACCUUCUGACUUCCCUGCAGAACCUUUGAACGGAAACAGAGCGGAUACUGUUUAAUGUCAUGUGACAUUGAAGUAAAAAAUGAGGAAGCGCGUUGCUGGUAAAAAUCCAGCAACAUGACCAAGGAGAAAUUUAACUAUGUGUAGCUCCGGUUUUUGUAUUCAUCUACGCAAAGUCAACGGUUUUCCUACAGUUUUUUCAUUUCACUGAUGUCGUGGAACAAUAUACUUCGUAUAUUAGUCACGAAGGCACAUUAUAUAAUAAACUAACUAAUGAUAAUGGUGUUGCAUUGAGCUCACUUUCCAUCAUCCUUCUCGUUUUACCAUAUUGACAAUGCUUUAUACAGUCGAACCUCGUCGACUAACGGCCCCCUCUCCACAACGGCAUUGUUUUGGCAGACAGUCCAUACAUUCACUCCUGUUUCAACCUCUCUACAAUGGCCACUUUCUUAUGUCCCCAAGGUGACCAUUGUAGAGAGGUUCAACUGUAUAAUAUUGAGAAAAAAUACUGUUUUAUAUGCAGACAAAAGGUGUCAAAGUUAUCGCUGUUGGAGUUGGAAGGAACAUCAAGAAAAAUGAGUUGAUAAGAAUCGCCAUGGGGAAACCGGAAAAUGUUAUUCAGGUUAUUGACUUCCACAGCCUGUUUAACAAAACGCAACAAAUCAUUAACUCAUCUUGCCUUGAUAAGUGAAGGUAAAUGACUGCAUACUGUUUUCCAGUGACUGAUGUCAGUGGAUUAGAACUGACCACUUAAUUACUGCGAUGUCCAGGUUACCUUGCCAUUUUAUCGCAGCCUCCCCUAAACUUGUUUUGACAAUAGAGAUAUUUAGAAUCACGUUUAAAGCAAACGGCAAAGGUCAGAUUCAAAUUGACAAUUCGUUCUAAAAAUUGGAAAUGAGAAGAUAAAAACUGUCCAGAAUCACUCUUAUUGAUGAAACUAGCAUGAAACUUCUGAUAAUUCUUUAGAUAUAAUCAACACCCAAACGACAAGUAGAGGAAAAACUAGGUCACGUGGUACAUAAUGACGUUUGACGUUUGCCGUAAACGUGACUCCAAAUCUCUCUAUUGUAAAAAAAGGGACAACAAGUUUGCCUGACUCUUAUCAACCAUAACAAUGACGACGAAGACUGGAAAUGUUCAGAAAUUUGUAGUGAAACCUCUCAUCUACGGCUCUUGUGUUCUGAUCAUUUUGACGCUAUUUCAAGUCGAUAAGAGUACAGAACAUGGAAAUCUCUUAGACUACUCUUGUCGAUAUUUCCUUUCAAAAGAGUAACCUCGAAAGUUGCCCUGUCGACCACUUUGUAGAAUUCUGCUUUUUCGAACUAUAAUUGAUUCAAACAACUAAAACUUUAAUUUAUUCGGACAACUAACUUACUCUAAGAACUUUAAUAUAAACACUUCUACAGGAAGAUUUGAUUUAAUAAGGCUUGUAUGUUAAGCCCAAAGAACAUCUAAGCUGCCGUAAACUAUUUCGAGAAAUACGACUACAAGUCACAAGACCUAACAAAUGAAACGACGUCAUUUAGUGUUGCUAUAAUAGCUCUUGCCAAGUAAUCGGCUCCUGCUCUUAACUGUGAACAGUCUCUCUGUUUGGGGAAAGGUUGUUAAGUAUCGAGAGUCGAUGGGAAGAAGGCAAGUAAAUUAGGGAAUGGGGGCCGCACGGGUUUGCUCUUCUUACACCCAGCUGGCCUUUUUCCCUUUUUCUCCACCAAGGAGCCUAGUCCCAGGCUAUGAUAACUCACUUGGCCGAUGUCAGCACCCAACGGUCAUACCGUAAAUGGCCUAAUAAACGCCCGCACUUCCAAAUAAACGUCUCUUUUUCUUUAAUAGGAACACCAGCCUACAAUAUCAAGGAAGGAAGUGCUUAACCGACUGCCGUCAUGA